UCUUAAAGUACCCCGACGAUUCAUAACCUUACUUUUAAGGUUACCAUAUUUACAUACCUUCCCUAAUCUAUUUUGUAAUUUUGUACUUUGAUCCCUUAAUUAGAGGAUUGUUGAAUCGUUCAUUUCGUUACAGUGUUCGUUCGCUUUAACAAUGUUUUCUAAUUGCAGCAGGAAUUUAACAUCCAAAUUUUCUAACCAGCUGAAACGAUUACAAAGUUCGUUGGUUAUCGCGGAACAUAAUAAUGAAGCCCUAUCGCCGAUCACACAAAAUGCUUUGACGGCAGCUAAGAAAAUUGGAGGCGAUAUUACAAUUUUGGUUGUUGGAACGAAAUGUGGUCCGGCUGUAGAGAAAUUGGUCAAAGCGGAAGGGGUUAAACGUGUGCUAGUUGCCGAAAGUGACGCAUUUAAGGGGUUUACAGCUGAGAGCAUUACACCCUUGAUACUUGCUUCCCAGAAACAGUUUAAUUUUACGCAUAUUCUGGCUGGGGCGACUGCAUUCUCAAAAGCUGUGCUGCCGAGGGUUGCGGCCAAGUUAGACUCAUCUCCAGUUACAGAUGUUAUUGGUAUUAAGGCUGCAGAUACCUUUGUUCGUAGUAUUUACGCAGGAAAUGCUAUUCAAACUUUAACUGCUUCUGAUCCAAUUAAAGUUUUGACGGUUCGAGGUACCAGCUUUGAACCUAGCAGUUUAGAAGGCGGUUCAGCGGCAUCCGAACCCGCACCCGCCGGUGAUUAUGCAACCGAUUUAAAUACAUUUGUAAGCCAAGAACUUAGCAAGUCAGAUAGGCCAGACUUGUCGAGUGCAAAUGUUGUUGUCAGCGGAGGUCGCGGUUUGAAGUCGGGCGAGAACUUUAAGUUGUUGUACGAUCUUGCUGAUAAAUUGAAAGCCGCUGUUGGUGCUUCACGUGCAGCUGUCGAUGCCGGCUACGUACCAAAUGAUAUGCAGGUUGGACAAACUGGAAAGAUUGUGGCCCCUGAUCUGUACAUUGCCGUCGGUAUCUCAGGAGCCAUUCAGCAUUUAGCUGGAAUGAAGGAUAGCAAAACAAUUAUUGCCAUUAACAAAGAUCCGGAAGCACCUAUUUUCCAAGUAUCCGACUAUGGUUUAGUUGCUGAUUUAUUCAAGGCAGUUCCCGAACUUACUGGGAAAAUAUAAUAUCUCCCGUUGCACAGUAAAAAUGGUCCGAAAUUUAAAGUGGAGCUAUUUUAAUGAUGGAGUACUGUAAAUGAUUAUUUUGAAUACAAAAUCAUUCUGCGAA